AUGGCUGAGCAAACUGAUGCACACACAGAAGCCGCAAUAACUGUGAAUUUGCCAGCUUACAACAAUGUCAAUGUUCAAGUUUGGUUCACACAGUUAACUGCUAUAUUCAACGCCAAGAGGAUAUCUUCCCAAACUUCCCGAUAUGCCUACGUUGUAGAGAAGCUACCGGCGGAGGUAGCGAUUGACGCUUCGGAUCUCCUGGAUGAGAUGCCAUCUGAUAAACCUUAUGAUACCCUAAAAGAAGCUAUACUCUAUAAAACUGGUCAAUCUGAGGAACAAAGGCUGCGUGACCUCUUUAAUAACUUAAGCUUGGGACAAAGUAAACCGUCACAACUACUGCGUAAAAUGCGGGUACUAUUAGGAAGCAACACAAUGUCUGACACGGUGUUAAGACAGCUUUGGCUGGACAAACUUCACGUGAACACCAUCCAAAUUUUGGCUUCCCUCCCAGAAGAAAUUGAACUACAAAAACUAGCUGAUAAAAUAGCUGAUAACAAGCCAGCUAGACCUGUGUAUGCUGCGACCCAGAGACAACCAGUAGCAUCGGUGGUUGACGCAGACGACAUGCGUAAACUUAGUGACAGGUUAGCACAACUUUCAAUUCAGGUACAGGAUAUUCAGAAGUCUAUGCAACAACAGAAAUGCAACUUCACUAAUCGAACUCCUCCUGAAUCACGACGACGUAGACACAGAUCGUUGUCACAAAAUAGGGAAAAUUAUCAGGACAACGUAUGUGGUAUCAUGCUAACUUUGGCCACCAGGCACAUAAAUGCCGUAAACCUUGCAGAUUUAGCGCGAAUUUAUUUGGCAGAUGAUCGACACAGCAAGCGGGAAACGACGUUCCCGGCAGCAAGUGAAGACGGCGUUCGCUACCGGGAAAAAAAUAUUAACCGUCUUUUUUAUGUUAAGGACGCCAAUUCUGGAUACCUAUUCUUGGUUGACACGGGCGCACAGACUUUUUUUUUCUCUCAGGAUGAAGAGUUCAUCACGAGAAACCCGGAAAAGAAAAAUAUCGAAAUUGUCAGCCCUUUAGUCAAACCUGAGACGAAUGUCGCUGAGAGUAAAUUGGAAUUAAUAUACAAAAUAAAUGAUGACCCUUCUUGGUACAUGUGUAUUUUGUUGGGUUUUCAGCACUACUUGACAGCAUUCGGUAGCAACCUGAUCGUUCCAAUUGUUGCAGCAAACUCGGCGUUUUGUAUGAAUGGUGACAGUGUUGGAAUUGGGCAAAAAGGGCCCGCGAGUCCCAGGAGCAGACUACAAUGCGACUGUCACAGGUCGCUCAAUGCAGCGCCCUCAUGCAGGCCACGCAGGCCACGCGUGCCACAUGCUUGGCUGGGAAAGCUGCCUACAGGGCUUCGUUGCGAUCAAGGUUCAAGAACGGUCGAGAAUGAACGCACAGGCUGCAGCAACCACCUCUCCAUCUCGGGACUCAUCAUCAACGUCUUCAUAACAACACUUGACCGCAUUCGCGCCCGUCAAUCCAGGGACGCUGCUGCAACAGCGACCGCUAGGGCUGCUGAGACACCGCUACGUAGGUCUGUUCGAAAUGCUAGGAAUGCUGCCACCACUGACAGGUCGAAGGCAGCUGAAACAUUUGACCGCAGGUGCGCCCGUCAAUCCUGGGACGCUGCUGCAACAGCUAGACCGAGGGAGUCCGAGACAAAACUGAAGCGGACAACCCGCAAUGCUCGCAAUGCUGCGGCCACUUUUGCUGCCAGAAACACCUAG